CUGGAUAAGCCAGAGGACGUCAUGAGUCAGCAGCAAAAAAAUCCAACGCCGAAUGGAUAAGAUUGAUUUUUUCUUUUCCGAUUGAAACUGCAAACUCAGCACAACGAUAGUUAUUUUGGGACUGUUAUGUGGACCCCACUCUUCCUAUAUAUCACAACCCGAUACUCAUCAUCUUCAACUUACAAUAACGACGUCGUAUUUAUCAUGAUCUCAACAUCAUUUCCCACACCUCUCAGCACCACCGCCACUUUCUCCGGCAAAUCCAUUUCACCACAAUCGUGCCACGUCAGAUCCAGGCAAGUACUAAUCUCUGCAACAGCCACCGCCACUCGGCCUUCGUAUCUGCAGCUUCAUCAAAGUAUGGCUUCCUGCACGUCGACACAUUACGAGAUUCUCGGAGUUGCUGCCGUCGCUUCUAAUCGAGAGAUCAAAGCGGCGUACCGGAGACUCGCGAGGGUUUCUCAUCCUGACGUGGCGGCGGUUGAUCGGAAGGACUCUUCGGCGGAUAAGUUUAUGAAGAUUCAUGCUGCGUACUCCACGUUGUCAGAUCCUGAGAAGCGUGCCAGUUAUGAUAGAAGCUUGUUCCGGCAACGGCAACCGUUGAUGGCGACGAGAUUUUCUGGAUACCAUAACCGGAAUUGGGAAACGGAUCAAUGUUGGUAGUGAGUUGAUUCGUUCGACUGACUGAGUUUCUGCAGUCUUUUUCAUUUUUUAUUUUUUAUCUGAAGCCGCAAUUAUUAGAUCGCCAUGGAAUGCGUUACUAAUUAAGUGAAUUAUUAGGAAUAUUUGGAAAUUUGUCAAUUCUUAGUUCUAAUAUGUUGGUGGAUGUUUCAUAAGUAAAUUUAACUUUUAAAUUUAUUUAUUACUUAUCAA